AUGCUGUCCCGUAUAAUUGAGCUAUCGGAGCGCGCUCCAAAAGGCUUCACACUAGCUCUAGCCUUCUCAAUCCUCAGCGCGCUUUACCUCCUCCGACGAUUGCUUCUUCCAAAGCCAAUCCCAGGCAUUCCAUAUAACGAAAAUGCAGUCAAAUCCUUCAUGGGCGACAUCCCCGAGUUCAGAGACGCUCCCAAUCGUCGAGAAUGGUGGGCUCAGCAACCUGCUCGGCAUCAAUCACCAAUUGUUCAGGUCUUCAUGCGACCUUUCGGCGCACCGUGGGUUUUCGUGGCGGAUUACUUUGAGGCAUCGGAUAUCUGCAUGCGUCGAUUGAAGGAGUUUGAUAGGAGUAAUGUGACGUGGGAGCAGUUCAAUGGUGUUGUGCCAGGACAUCACAUCACGCUGAAAUCGUCGGAUCCGAAGUUUAAGAAGAAUAAGGAGUUGAUCCGUGAUUUAAUGGCACCAAGCUUUCUUCAACAGGCCUCGGCUCCGGAGAUCCAUGAAAAGUUUAGUAGUCUUCUUAAGCUUUGGGAUCGUAAGCUGGAAUUGUCAGGUGGCCGACCAUUCGACAUAGCUCAGGACAUCCACAAUUCAGCACUCGAUAUCAUCCUCGGUGCUUCCUUUGGCAUUGAUUCUGGAGACGGACAAAUUGGCAGGCAACUCCAAGAGCUCAAGGCGAGAACCCUAUCAGGUGGACAAGAUGACCUCUUCGAGUUUGAGGAUGUUCCGCUCGAUAAUGAGCAGGGCUGCUUCACGACUCUUGCAGACAGUGUCGGCCUGUCCAUGAGAUCGCCCUUGCCCACCAUUCACCACUUUCUCUACCGGAAUCUGUCCUCCAAAAUGCGACGGGCGAGGGCGGGGCGUGAUAGAUUGAGGGAUCGUGAGAUUGGCAAGAGCAUCGAACGAAGAGAAUCAGGCCAACCACAGCGCUGUGCCUUGGACAAUAUGCUUGCCCGAGAGGAUGUAAUUGCGGAGAAAGAAGGACGUAAGCCGAAUUAUCGCAGUCAAACUAUUAUGAGCGAGUUGAUGGGAUACCUGGUCGCUGGACAUGAGACGACUUCAGCUGUUCUCCGAUGGGGAAUGAAGUAUUUAACUGCCAACCAGCGUGUACAAUCACUGCUUCGUGACGCUAUCCGAAACGCACACGCAGAAGCCGUAAAGCAAAACAGAGUCCCGACAACUGAGGAGAUUCUCAAAUCUCAUAUCCCAUACCUCGACGCUGUCAUCGAAGAAAUGCUAAGGCACUCACGCGUCGCCCCAGUCACCGUUCGACAAGCAACCACUGACACUGAGAUCCUCGGAAGGUUCAUUCCCAAAGGAACAACAGUUGGCUUCCUCGGCAAUGGCCCUGGCGUCAUGAUGCCUAGUAUCCCAGUCAACACGGAAAAGCGAUCUGAAGCUGCUUCGGCGCACAUGGGAAGGACACAGCUUUUUGAUGAAGAGGAUCUUGGGCAAUUUGUUCCUGAGAGGUGGCUCACGACAAAUGUUAAUGACAAGGGAGAGGAGGAGACGGUGUUUGAUCCUCAGAAGAGACCGGCGCAAGCAUUUGGACUGGGUCCACGUGGCUGCUUUGGCAAGAAGCUCGCUUACAUCGAGAUAAGGAUAUUUCUUACCCUUUUCUUCUGGACGUUUAAACUGGAGCCGAUCAAGCCUGAGUUGGCGACGGAGGAUGAGAUGCUCGCGUUGACGCGGUCGCCGAAGAACGUGUAUGUCAAGUUAGCCAAGGUUUGA